AUGCGCGGCCUCCUUCUCCAGCUCCUCCUCGGGAUACCAGCCGUUCUGGCCUGUACGGACCCUGACUCCGACCCUUGUGCGUCCUAUAUUUCUGCCAACGCUGCGACUGCAUCUCCCUUCUGCGCUACCUUCACAGAGUCAACUGUCACCGCGACAGCCGGGCUGCCGGCUUGGGCGAGCAAUUGUUCCAACAAGCCCAGCGCAAUCUCCAAGGAAUGCAGCUGUUACUUCACAGGCACCGGCGUGGUCACAACCUCAUCUUCGGCGACCAAAACCUCUGCCACGACUAGCGUUAGCAUCACCACAUCGACCGGCCCGGCGACUACGGCCACCGGUACGUGUGGUGCGGCGAAUGUUGACGCACUGGUUGGCUAUGCCGCUGGCACAACGGGAGGCGGCAGCGGAGAGGGCACGACGGUCACGACUUGUGCAGAGCUAGAGGCCGCUGUAGCUGUCGGGGGCGUCAUCAAGAUCUCUGGGAUCCUCGACGGUUGCGACAUUAUUGACUUGGGCAGCGACACAACUGUGCUCGGUGUCGGAUCCCAGUCCGGUAUGACCAAUGGAGGUUUCCGUGUCAAAGAGCAGAGUAAUGUGAUCUUACGCAAUCUGUACAUGCACGAUGCUCCUGAGUCAAUGGACCUCAUCGAGCUUCAGUAUUCGACGUACGUCUGGGUCGACCACUGUGAUCUAUCGUCGGAGGGCUUGACUGGUGACAAGGAUUACUACGAUGGCUUGCUCGAUAUCACACAUGCAACUGACUUCGUGACUGCGUCAUGGAACAAAUUUCAUGAUCACUGGAAGGGUUCUCUGAUUGGGCAUUCCGACAGCAAUGCAGCCGAGGACACUGGGCACCUCCGAGUCACGUACCACCACAACUACUGGUCCGAUGUGAACUCGAGACUCCCAUCUAUUCGUUUUGGUACCGGCCACUUCUACAGCUCAUGCUUUGAGAACAAUCCCACGUCCGGUAUUAACUCCCGCAUGGGCGCUGAGGUGCUUGUCGAGGAAAAUUACUUUCUCAACACCCAACUGGCCAUCGUGACCGACCUGGACAGCGACGAGGACGGGUAUGCUGUUGACCGGAACAACAUUUUUGUCAAUAGCACCGAAGAGAUCACACAGGUUGGCAGUUUGACACCACCGUAUAGCUACACUCUGGAUCCCGCGUCUUGCAUCUGUGACUUGGUAACAGCUUACGCUGGAACCGGGGUUGUGGGUUAG